CAUCAUCAUCACCACCACCGCUAUCGCCCUCGCUCUCGCCCUCGCCCUCACCACCCCGUCCAGCGAGCCAUGCACACCUCAGCCAUCGUCCUGGGAGCAGCGCUGCUCGGUCUGUCCCAGAUCCCUGCCGUGGUCGCAACGCCUGGAGGCUUUGCGGGCAGCGACGCUUUUGGCUCGCCGCUCGAGUCCGUCGACCACGCCGUCUACCUCAAGUCAUCCCGGGUCCUCGCCGGAGCGACUGCAAGUGGCAACGAGUUUGACGCUCUCGUCGCCGGUCCCUUCAAGACUAGCGCCAGCACCAACGCACACUUUGCCCGGCUAGUCUCCAAAGUCGACACCUCCAGCGAUAUACCUCUCAUUGGAUUCCCCUCUGCCGAACAACGAGUUCCGCACUCGUCCGUCAGCGUGGCGGGCGUCACCGAUGGGAUCGACAGCACGACGCCGCUCUUUGUCCCGCUCGAGCAGCUCGACUGGAACAGCAUUGUCUCGUCGCCCAAUGCCGUAGAUUUGGCCGUGGCUACCGAGCCGGCUGCGGCUGUUGCGUCCUCCGACACCACCGUUGCCUUCCUCAAGCCAUUCUUUGGCUCGUCGCAGUAGCAGCAGCAAUAACCGCCCGUAGUCUUGGCAUUCACAUCGAUGCCGCAGUGUCGCAGAGAUGCAGUGCUGCAGACAUGAACCACAUCACCCGCCCCCUCAAUCCAAAUACACACAUUUUUGCUCUUGUCC